AUGGGUACAACACUGUCCACGCAAGUCGUUUGUAAACAACUUUCAUGCUGUGGGGACAAGUUCCGGAUGGUGACAGUGGCCAGACCCGGCCAAUCGAACGGCCCGCUUGUCUGCAAGGUCUGCGGGCGGGGGGUUGCUAUGCCGGAGAAGAUGAAGCGAGAACAAACGUCAUCGUACACAAUAGCUUCGAUCUUCAGUUUGUGUUGUGUUGAUUGA